UGUGUGUGUGUGUGUGUGUGUGUGUGUGUGUGUGUGUGUGUGUGUGUGUGUGUGUGUCUAUUUUCUUUUCCCAGACGAAUCCUUCACAGCAAAGUAUCCGAUGGCUCUUUUCACCCACAUACUGACCUGCCUGUUCGGCACAGGCUCCUGGGUGUCCAUCAGUGGGAUGUGGGUGGAGCUCCCUCUCAUUGUCCCUGAAAUCCCAGAGGGCUGGUAUUUGCCCUCUUACCUCUCUGUCAUCAUCCAGAUGGCUAAUAUCGGCCCCCUGUUUGUCACCCUCAUGCACCGCUUCCGGCCGGGCUGGCUGAAUGAGGUGGCCACCAUUUUGCUCAUCAUCAGCCUAGGGACCAUGGCCAGCUUCCUCCUGGCUUUCUUCUGGAAGGAGACCCUUGUGGUUGGGGGGGUCCAUCACAGUGUGACCCUCUUGGUUCUCACAUUCUUCCUUGCCUUGGUUGACUGUACAUCCUCAGUCACCUUCCUGCCCUACAUGAUGCGACUGAAACCACAGUAUCUCACCAGCUACUUUAUCGGAGAAGGCCUCAGCGGAUUCAUCCCAGCUGUGGUGGCACUGAUCCAAGGAGUAGGCAUGGUCCAGUGUCACAAUCAGACCCUAACGACCAAUGGGACCCUGGGAAAUGCCACAGUGGACUAUGAGCUCAAGGCCUACUACCAGCCAGCCAACUUCUCCACUCAAACUUUCUUCCUUUUCCUGAGCACUAUGAUGGCAAUAAGCCUUCUAUCUUUUCUAUUCCUGAACAUCCAUCUUGCGGUGGGGCGCCAACACAACUCUGGUUGGUACCAUGACAGGGAUCUGGGAGUGGACAAGGGCGGCCUGGCACUUCGGCAUCAAGAGCAGUCGGAGGAAAGAUCCAUGAUCCGGCCUUUACAUAACCUCAAGAGAAAUGCUUGCAGCUCCUUUGGAACUGGGACCUACAUGUGGAUUGAAGUGCUCUUCAUUUUCUCCAUGCUGGCCUGGGUUAAUGCUGUGACUAAUACUGUGCUGCCCUCAGUCCAGUCAUAUGCAUGUCUGCCCUAUGGGAAUAAUGCCUACCACCUCUCCGUCACCAUGGCAGCACUGGCUAACCCCCUGGCCUGUUUAAUUGCCAUGUUUUUCCCCAUAAGGUCUUUGCUGCUGAUGAGCACUCUCACUGUCAUUGGCACUGGGAUUGGGGCUUACAUCAUGGGUAUGGCGGUGCUGAGCCCUUGUCCGCUGCUGGUCCAUGAACGUUCCGGAGCUGUUGUCAUUGUGGCAGCGUGGGUGUUCUGUGUCCUCACACUCACCUAUGUGAAGGUGAUCAUUGGCUUGAUCCUUCGGGAUGAGGGUCACAGCACCCUCGUCUGGUGUGGAGCGGUGGUGCAGCUGGGCUCCUUGCUUGGGGCCUUCUCAAUGUUCCCCCUCAUCAACGUCUAUAAGCUUUUUAUGUCAGGAGACCCCUGUAACACCAAGUGUCCAAAAUAAGGAUUGUAAGAACGUAUUUUUUUUACUUUAUGACCUAAAAACGUGUAUGGAUGUAGUAAUGUAACAGUUCAAAAUGUUAGCUUAGGUGUUGUAUCGACGGUACAUGAAAUUAAUGGGUAUAAUCUUUAAUUCUAAUCUUUAGAAUGUUUUCUAAAUAUAUAAGGAGCCCUGCUCUGUUUGUGUCAUUGUGCAGACCAGGGUUAUAUUCACAAUUUCACAAUUUACUGUCAGCGUUUAUCCUUUCUUGCACUUUUUGCUAAUUGCACGGUUCCAAAGACUCACAAUUUUAUUGUAUUUUCUGCCAGGACAUUUCAGCAUUUUAAAAUACUAACUAACCAGGUGUAUUAAGGUGGUCAAUAGACAUUUUUGGGUUUAUUUGUAUACAAAUUGAUAGAAAACUUCAUCCAAGGCUGGAAUAUGGUACUAAUGAAAGGCAUUCAAAUAGCACAUAUUAUGAAACAAAAUAUUGGAAUUAAAUUUGAAUAUUCAUUCAGGUGCUAAUUCACUGGACAUCGACAGAUCACUGAAUCCGGAAACAUUUUAUAUUAAUAACUGCAUUACAGUGGAUUUUUCAAUGUUGUUCCAGUUUCCAGACUCUUUACAUCUUUGCUUCAAACAAAAUAAUCUGUAAUGCUCUAAAGUGAGAUUCUCUUUUGCACUAACAUUUAAAUAGGUGUCAUUUAAAUAAUGAUGCUAAUAUUUACAGGCAGCACUGGUUCCUAAAGUAAUGUAGUCCAAAGUCCAUGUCUGUAGGACAAUACCCUCAUUUCAUAUCAUUGUUCAUAGUGCAAUGUGUAAAUGAAAUGGUUAGUAAUUAAUUUUAUAUGGUUAUUAUGCACCAUAUUAUGUAUUAUGCAAGAUGGUGCAGCUAAGUGAUGGGUGAGAUAUGGGAAUUGCAGACAGUAAAUUGAGAUAAAUAAUUUAAGUCAAAGUGACGACUAAGAGGAACUAGAAAAGUCCAAGAGCCUAAAGGCUGCAUAUCUUAUAAUUAUCUUUUGGCUCAUCUUCCAUUAUUGGUUGAGUCCGUCGAACCUGAAUGUCCUCUUGUAAGAUGUAGUUGCAUUGUUGUG